AUGAGUGCCCCGCAGCCAAACGACGCGGAGAAGAACAUUGAGAUCUGGAAGGUCAAGAAGCUGAUCAAGCGUCUUGAAGCCGCUCGUGGAAAUGGAACGUCCAUGAUUUCGCUCAUCAUUCCGCCCAAGGAUCAGGUCUCGCGUGCUGCCAAAAUGUUGGCUGAAGAAUUCGGUACGGCGUCGAACAUCAAAUCCCGCGUCAAUCGAUUGUCUGUCCUGUCAGCCAUUACCUCCACCCAGCAGCGUCUCAAGCUCUACUCCAAGGUGCCUCCGAACGGCUUGGUCAUCUACUGUGGUGAAAUCAUCACUUCCGAGGGCAAGGAACGAAAGAUUAACAUUGACUUUGAGCCUUUCAAGCCAAUCAACACCUCCUUGUACCUUUGUGACAACAAGUUCCAUACGGAAGCCUUGAGCGAGCUGCUCGAGUCUGACCAGCGGUUCGGUUUCAUCAUCAUGGACGGUAAUGGUACUCUGUUUGGAACCCUUAGUGGUAACACUCGAGACAUUAUCCAAAAGUUCUCUGUCGAUUUGCCCAAGAAGCACGGCCGUGGUGGUCAAUCAGCCUUGCGUUUCUCCCGUCUCCGAGAGGAAAAGCGCCACAACUAUGUUCGAAAGGUUGCCGAACUUGCUGUGCAAAACUUCAUCUCCGACAACAAGGUCAAUGUGGCUGGCUUGAUUCUCGCUGGCUCAGCCGACUUCAAGAACGAUUUGAACCAGUCGGACUUGUUUGACAACCGCCUCCAGAGCAAGGUCAUCAAGGUCGUUGAUGUUUCCUAUGGUGGCGAAAACGGUUUCAACCAAGCCAUUGAACUGGCAUCUGAGACCCUUGGCAACGUCAAGUUCAUCCAGGAGAAGAAACUCAUUGGCAGAUACUUUGAUGAGAUUAGCAGGGAUAGCGGUCUUGUCUGUUAUGGUAUCGAGGAUACCCUCAAGGCAAUGGAUGCUGGUGCGGCCGAAGUCGUCAUUGUCUACGAGAAUAUGGAAAUCGUCCGCUGGGUGCUCAAGUCAUCCGCUGGCGCUGAAGUUGUUCUCCACACCGCCAAGGACCAGGAUGCCAACCGCGAGAUGUUCAUGGACAAGGAAACUGGCCAGGAAAUGGAAGUGGUCGACCAAGGCUCCUUUGUCGAGUGGCUUGCCGAACACUACCGUGACUUUGGUGCCAAUCUUGAGUUCGUUUCGGACCGAUCCAGUGAGGGUAACCAGUUCGUCAAGGGCUUUGGUGGUGUCGGCGCCAUUCUGCGUUACAAGCUCAACUUUGACCAGCUUGACGCUGCUGGGGAUGACAAGUGA